AUGCCCGGCGGCGCUCUGCACUACCCGCUCUGGGCGCCCUACGAGCUGUACGGACGCGUGGAUUACGUGUACGGGUGGAAGGCGUGGAACGAGCGGAACGGGUUCACGGCCGCGCAGGGGAUGAUGAAUGCGCUGGAGACGGGCAUGUAUUUGGUUUAUGCUUGGGGGGUUUUGGGAUUGGGAUGUGGAAAUGGAAAUGGAAAGGGGGCAGAGGGGAGAAGGGGGGCAAUGGUGUUGUUGGUGGGGUUUGCGGCGGCGGUGAUGACGUUGAGUAAGACUGUGCUUUAUUGGCUGAAUGAGUAUUACUCUGGGUUUGACAAUAUUGGUCAUAACUCUACGUUUGAUCUUGUCUUGUUGUGGAUUAUUCCCAACGGCGCUUGGCUCGUCUUCCCAUCUAUUAUGAUCUAUACGCUGGGUUCGGAGAUCAUUGAUGGUUUGGCUGGUCCCUCGACUGAGGUAGAUCGUUCUAUCAAGGUCGAGUGA